GCAGGUGGCGACCAACCGUCAAUAAAACCGAAGAAGAAUGAGCGCGCGUGAUGUGUUUGUGUAUCUUCAGUGUUUUCCUCUCUUAAGUGUUUUAUUGAAUGUAAACAGAGUCUUGUCUCUGUUUUGUUUAGUGUUGAGGAGAUGUUGAUGAUGACAAAUGAGAUGGAUGUGAUGUGCUGUAAAUCAGUAGGAACUGAUCUGUCUAUGCUGGAUAUUGAGGAUUUCAUCACAGAAAUCUCUCAGCUGAAGAAAGAGGUGGCGUUACUGGAGACAAAGUUGAGGUUAAGAGGAGAUGAAGGACUGAAGAGAGAGGAUGUGGAUUGUUGUGAAUCUUCAGUGUAUUUGACUGAUGGACGUCUGGAUUCAGUGUGGAUGAGCAGAGAUCAGAGCCGCACACCACAGACACUGCUGGACUCUAAACUCUCUGAAGAGAAAUCCAGACACACACAGAACUCAGAGCUCAGUCUCACUUUACUCGGUUAUACUGAGUCAAAGCCCACAAACACUCAGUACACUACAGUGUGUGACAGUAAACAGAGCUUACAGGAGGAUCAAACCUCCACAGAGUCUCUGGAUUCUGUCUGUAACGCUGGAGAACAGCAACAGAUCCUGCAGACCACAAUGAAGAUGUGUUCAGUUAAACUCAUCGACUGCAAGAACCUGAUGAUGAAGAUAAAAACAGAACCCACAGCAGAUGAAUAUGAAGAGAAACAUAAUGAUGCUCAGGAGUUUAUUAUCUCAGGCGUGAAGAGUGAAUCAUGUUGUGAUGGAGAAAUAACGUCCUCAACAUCAGAAGAGCGACUGACAGCACAAACUCAAGAGAAGAAACUUCAUUCAGAAGAGCAAAGAGAGACGAAGAAGAAGCCGUUUAACUGUGAACAAUGUGGGAAGGAUUUUGUUUUCUUAUUUCAGCUGAAAGGCCACAUGAGGAGACAUAGUGGUGAAAAACCUUUCUACUGCAAUGAUUGUGGCAAAUACUACAGCAGCAAACACAGUCUUUGUAUGCAUAAGAGAAUUCACAAAGAAGAGAAACUGUAUGAGUGUCCUCACUGUGAGAAGAGAUUCAACUACCAACACAUUUUAAAGAAUCAUGUGCGUUCACACACCAAUGAGAGACCGUAUCAGUGCAGUCAAUGUGGAAAAACCUUCACGCAGUCAUGCUCUUUAAAGUCACAUGAAAAAACACACUCUCAAGAGAAACUCUAUCCAUGUUCAUACUGUGAUAAACGUUUUAGGUUUAAAUCUCAUCUGAUAAACCAUGAGAGAGUUCACACAGGAGAGAAGCCUUACGUCUGCAGUGUUUGUGGGAAGAGUUUUAUACAUCAUGUAAAUUUAGUGUCACACCAGAGAACUCAUACAGGUGAAAAACCUUACAAAUGCUCUCAUUGUGACAAGACAUUUACUCAAUCAAGCUCUUUAAAAGUCCACGAGAGAAUUCACACUGGAGAGAAACCUUAUCCAUGCAGUGUUUGUGGGAAGAGUUUUAAUCAGUGUGAACAUUUAUUGAGACACCAGAGAACUCAUACAGGUGAAAAACCUUACAAAUGUUCUCAUUGUGAGAAGACGUUUACUCUGUCAUAUUCCUUAAAAGUCCACGAGAGAAUUCACACUGGAGAAAAACCUUACGUCUGCUCUCACUGUGGAAAAAGCUUCUCUAAUCCAUCUCAAUUCAGAGUUCAUCAGAGACUUCACACCGUUGAGAUGUUGAUGAUGACAAAUGAGAUGGAUGUGAUGUGCUGUAAAUCAGUAGGAACUGAUCUGUCUAUGCUGGAUAUUGAGGAUUUCAUCACAGAAAUCUCUCAGCUGAAGAAAGAGGUGGCGUUACUGGAGACAAAGUUGAGGUUAAGAGGAGAUGAAGGACUGAAGAGAGAGGAUGUGGAUUGUUGUGAAUCUUCAGUGUAUUUGACUGAUGGACGUCUGGAUUCAGUGUGGAUGAGCAGAGAUCAGAGCCGCACACCACAGACACUGCUGGACUCUAAACUCUCUGAAGAGAAAUCCAGACACACACAGAACUCAGAGCUCAGUCUCACUUUACUCGGUUAUACUGAGUCAAAGCCCACAAACACUCAGUACACUACAGUGUGUGACAGUAAACAGAGCUUACAGGAGGAUCAAACCUCCACAGAGUCUCUAGAUUCUGUCUGUAACGCUGGAGAACAUCAACAGAUCCUGCAGACCACAAUGAAGAUGUGUUCAGUUAAACUGGAGGACUGUGGGAACCUGAUGAUGAAGAUAAAAACAGAACCCACAGCAGAUGAAUAUGAAGACAAUCAUAAUGAUGGUCAGGAGUUUAUUAUCUCAGACAUGAAGAGUGAAUCAUGUUGUGAUGGAGAAAUAACGUCCUCAACAUCAGAAGAGCGACUGACAGCACAAACUCAAGAGAAGAAACUUCAUUCAGAAGAGCAAAGAGAGACGAAGAAGAAGCCGUUUAACUGUGAACAAUGUGGGAAGGAUUUUGUUUUCUUAUUUCAGCUGAAAGGCCACAUGAAGGGACACAGUGGUGAAAAACUUUUCUACUGCAAUGAAUGUGGCAAUUACUACAGCAGCAAACAAAGUCUUGAUGUUCAUAAGAGAAUUCACAAAGAAGAGAAACCGUACGAGUGUCCUCACUGUGAGAAGACAUUCAACUUCCAAUCCAAUAUGAAGAAUCAUGUGCGUUUACACACCAAUGAGAGACCGUAUCAGUGCAGUCAAUGUGGAAAAACCUUCAACCAGUCAUCCUCUUUAAAGUCACACCAAAAAACACACUCUCAAGAGAAACCCUAUCCAUGUUCAUACUGUGAUAAAUGUUUUAGGUUUAAAUCUCAUCUGAUAAACCAUGAGAGAGUUCACACAGGAGAGAAGCCUUACGUCUGCAGUGUUUGUGGGAAGAGUUUUAGACAUCAUGUAAAUUUAGUGUCACACCAGAGAACUCAUACAGGUGAAAAACCUUACAAAUGCUCUCAGUGUGACAAGACGUUUACUCAAUCAAGCUCCUUAAAAGUCCAUGAGAGAAUUCACACUGGAGAGAAACCUUACGUCUGCAGUGUUUGUGGGAAGAGUUUUAAUCAGUGUGAAAAUUUAUUGAGACACCAGAGAACUCAUACAGGUGAAAAACCUUACAAAUGCUCUCAUUGUGACAAGACGUUUACUCAGUCAGGUUCCUUAAAAGUCCACGAGAGACUUCAUUCUGGAGAAAAACCUUACGUCUGCUCUCUCUGUGGAAAAAGCUUCUCUAAUCCAUCUCAAUUCAGAGUUCAUCAGAGAGUUCACACCUGAGAGAAACCUCAUCACUGCAGUGUUUGUGGAAAGCUACACUUAAAUCAUCAUAGCGCCUUAAAAUCUUUACACACUGAACUGCAUAUAUUCAGCACGAGUGUUCGAAGCAAUAACAUGCAAGAACAAAAUUAAUUGAUUAAAAGUUUUUUUACCACUGUGUUAAAUUUUCCCUCUUCCAUCCGAUGAAUAAACAGUUCGACCAAUGAACUCUUAGCAUUACGUUUAACAUGUUUAGGAGCUGAAUUAGGUGAAUGCUUGGUUAAAGUAGCAAUGAAAUUAAAAUUAAAAACUGUAAUUUGUUUUGGAA